AUGCCACCUGUCUACGGUGACGUUGAGAUGAACGGGCCCUUUCCUUCCAUAGAAACGUGCCGAUUGCAAGCGCUGUGCCGCACGUUGGAAGAAAACAUUGCGGUGUUCACUCGCGAAUUCAACGCUCACAAGGAUACGUUCAUGGACAACCCGGAAAAGCUUGGGUACGGUGGCCGGUAUGGCAGAAUCAUUGUCAAUCGCGAGGAGCAACGAUUCGGCAACCAUUUCAUCGACACCCGCAAGAUACUGGAGGCGUCGGCCGACUACAUGCGAACACAGAUGUUCAACAACUAUGCAAACACCUAUGUCAUGGCCACGUCAUUCACCGUUCUCUACCCCGGCGCGUCCAUACGCCCACAUUUCGGCCCCACCAACUACAAGUACAGAAUCCACCUCUGUAUAGAUAUCGAUGGAGUUGGUGGAAUUGUUACCGCGUACGGAACGAGGUGUUGGAGAGUGGGGCAUAUUUUUAUCCUAGACGACUCUUAUCUUCACGCGGGGUUUUACGACGGCACACGGCCUCGGGUCAUUCUAAUGGUUGACAUCGCCAAACCAGGAUUGACGCCCGAGCACAUGGAACACAUUACGAGCGACUGA